CGUUGGCGUGCAGGCGGGACUUCCUCUUAGGCAAUUUCCGGCGGAGUCCGGAAGUCGGGGCUUCACCCUUCCGUGCCGGGUAGUUUGCUUGUUUUCUGUGUGGGUCGGCUUGGUUUAGUUCGGGAGGCGCCCGUGGGCCGGCCUGCUCCCCUAUGGCGGGGUCCGCCCCGGCCACGGCCUUCGGGCAGGCGGUGAUCGGGCCCCCGGGCUCCGGGAAGACCACGUACUGCCUGGGCAUGAGUGAGUUCCUGCGCGCGCUCGGCCGGCGCGUGGCCGUGGUGAACCUGGACCCGGCCAACGAAGGGCUGCCGUACGAGUGUGCCGUGGACGUGGGCGAGCUGGUGGGGCUGAGCGACGUGAUGGACGCGCUGCGCCUGGGGCCCAACGGUGGCCUGCUCUACUGCAUGGAGUACCUGGAGGCCAACCUGGACUGGCUGCGCGCCAAGCUCGAGCCCCUCCGAGGCCACUACUUUCUCUUCGACUGCCCCGGGCAGGUGGAGCUCUGCACGCACCAUGCCGCCCUGCGCAGCAUCUUUUCCCAGAUGGCACAGUGGGACCUCAGGCUGACAGCUGUCCACCUUGUGGAUUCUCACUACUGUACAGACCCAGCCAAGUUCAUCUCGGUACUGUGCACCUCCCUGGCCACCAUGCUGCAUGUGGAACUGCCCCAUGUCAAUCUCCUCUCCAAGAUGGACCUUAUUGAACACUACGGGAAGCUGGCCUUCAACCUGGACUACUACACGGAAGUCCUGGACCUCUCCUACCUGCUUGAGCACCUGGCAUCUGACCCUUUCUUCAGUCACUACCGUCAGCUUAAUGAGAAGUUGGUCCAACUCAUUGAAGACUACAGCCUGGUCUCCUUCAUCCCACUGAACAUCCAGGACAAGGACAGCAUCCAGCGAGUCCUGCAGGCCGUGGAUAAAGCCAACGGCUACUGUUUCGGGGUUCAGGAGCAGCGAAGCCUGGAGGCCAUGAUGUCUGCUGCCAUGGGAGCUGACUUUCAUUUCUCCUCCACUCUGGGCAUCCAGGAGAAGUACCUAGCAUCCUCGGACCAGACGGCAGAGCAGGAAGCCAUGCAGCUCUAACGGCUGGGCCUGGAUGACAGUCAGCCGACUACAGACCCGACUGGACACAUCCAUCCCUGCAAAGGACUUCCGGAUAAAAAAGCAGACGUAGCGCCCUCAGCCGUGUCCUCGAAAUGCUCGAGCCCUGCCCCCACGAAAUGCUGCCUGAAUGUUGAGGACUGUCUCCACUUGGGCUGUGGCGGGAUGUGCUCUGAUCCGAGAUUAUUUUCUACUUUUGUGGGCUUCAGACUUUCCCUCAACCCUCAGGAACCAGGGGUUUGGAGCAGAACAAAGGAAUGUCUGCAGAUGGU